AUGGGACCCCCGAAGAAGAGUGGCGGGUGGAACCGGGCGGCGCCGCUGAAGGUCCACCACAACUCCCACCUCAUCCACAAGCACUCCCCCUCCCCUUCCUCUUCCUCUUCCUCUUCCUCCCCCUCCUCCUCCGCAGGCGACCAGCAGCAGCAGCCGGUGAUCAUCUACACCAGCGCCCCGAGGAUAAUCCACACGCCGGCCAAGGACUUCAUGCGGCUCGUGCAGAAGCUCACCGGGCUCUGCCCCUCCGACAACGGCGACGGCGACGACGGCGGCGACGAGGGCCAGCCUCCCCGCGGCCCGCCAGCCCGCCACCGCCUCCCCAACGGCGGCGGCAGCGGCGGCGGCGGCGGACAGUUCCCGCUGCUGCCGCUGGCCCCGUUCUCGCCGGAGAUUCCGGUGUUCAGGCCGGCGAGCGGCUCGGGUGACGUGUUCUACAACAUCGCCGCCACCGUCUUCGCCCGUGCCCCUCCGCUCCCUCCGCCGGCCCUCGGCGGCGCCAUCCCGCCGGCCGUGUUGGAGCUCAUGAGGGGCUUACCCGAUUACCACCUCCCCUUAUGA